UGAAAGCUGCAGUGCCACAGAAAACAUUAGAUCAGAUCCAGUUUUUAGAGGAGAAAACCCAGAUUUUUCAAUCUAAUGUCACCACACUAAGUCCAGAAAAUCAUCAGUGGAGAUUUUUAAGAGUGAACUCCCUUGGCACCUGGCCUGCUUCCUUCUUGAUGGGUAGAAUGGAGUACCAUGUGAUCACAGCAAAAGAAUUACCUUGCAGUAUUACCAAUUAGUUCAGGAGCCUGCCCUUAGCACUUUCCAAGUCUCCUAUCAGCUACACAGAGGCAGUGGUACAAUCCGGGAAGGAUUUCUACCAGGAAAAUGAACUGAAGGAUGCUGUGCAAGAGAAGAAUCGCUUGAGCCUUCAAUAUGCUAGUUUGUCCCACAAGGCACUGCAAUAUGACCAGGUGAAAUCAGACUAUGUUCGGCUUAGAGAAACCCUCACCAUAGUGACCAAAGAACGAGAUUUGGCUGUGAAGGAGAAACACCAGCUCCAAGCCAAGCUGGAGAACUUAGAGCAGGUCCUAAAGCAUAUGCGAGAGGCUGCUGAGCGGCGGCAACAGUUGGAAUUGGAGCAUGAGCAAGCCUUGGCUGUUCUCAAUGCAAAACAGCAGGAAAUUGAACUCCUGCAGAAGGCUCAGGUGGAAGCCAAGAAAGAACAUGAAGGUGCAGUUCAGUUGCUAGAGAACACCUUGGACAGCAUGCAGGCCAAGGUACGAGAGCUAGAGGAGAAAUGUCGGUCACACAGUGAACAAUUUAACCUCCUCUCCAAGGAACUGGAGAAGUUUCGGCAGCAAGCUGGAAAGAUUGAUCUCUUGACCAGUAACUCGCUGGCAUCUUCAGAUGUCCUUGGUUCCCCUAGUAAAUCACUGACCCAGUUAAUGAACGGAAUAGCCACCUCCUUAGGCAAAGGUAAUGAAAGCCCUUCUGGAAGUCGUUGUGUGAUUUCAGAGAUUAUACGACCAUUACAGAUAACUGGGGACAAACCAGAACAAUUGUCUGUCAAACCUACUUUUCUAUCCAGGUCAAGAUCCAGCAGCACAAGAUGCAGAUUUGAUUCAGACAUGGAUAAUGAACGGAAUUCCAAUACCUCAAAGCAAAGAUAUUCUGGGAAAGUCCAUCUUUGCAUCGCCCGUUAUAGUUACAACCCAUUUGAUGGACCAAAUGAAAAUCCAGAAGCAGAGCUCCCUCUUACAGCAGGAAAAUACCUCUACGUAUAUGGAGACAUGGAUGAAGAUGGCUUCUAUGAAGGUGAACUUCUAGAUGGACAAAGAGGAUUGGUCCCUUCCAACUUUGUGGAUUUUGUUCAAGAUAACGAGUCCCGUUUGUCAAGCAUCUUAGGCAGCGAACAGGAUCAGAAUUUUAUCAACCAUUCAGAUCAUGCUUUGGAAGGAGAUAGUCUACUGGAGAUCAAUCCACCAAGUCACGUAGAGUCUAGUGUAAUCAACAAUGGCACAGGGACUUUUGAUGUGAACAUUGAUGAAAUUGGAGAAGACAUUGUGCCUUAUCCUAGAAAAAUAACCCUUAUUAAACAACUAGCCAAAAGUGUUAUUGUGGGCUGGGAGCCACCAGUUGUGCCACCUGGAUGGGGAAUGAUUAACAGCUACAAUGUCCUGGUUGACAAAGAAAUACGCAUGAAUGUGUCCUUGGGAAGCAGAACUAAAGCACUUAUAGAAAAACUUAACAUUGCUACUUGCACAUACCGAAUAUCGAUUCAGAGCAUUACGAGCAGAGGUACCUCAGAUGAGCUACUGUGCACUUUGUUAGUUGGGAAGGAUGUUAUCGUGGCACCUUCACAUCUUAAGGUGGACAACAUAACCCAGAUUUCCGCUGAGCUGUCCUGGCUUCCUACCAAUAGCAAUUACAGUCAUGUGAUCUUUCUGAAUGAAGAAGAGUUCGAUAUUGUCAAGGCUGCUAGCUAUAAGUACCAGUUUUUAAAUUUGAAGCCCAGUAUGGCCUACAAGGUGAAGGUCAUGGCAAAGCCCCAUCAGAUGCCCUGGCAGCUUCCUCUGGAGCAACGGGAAAAAAAAGAAGCAUUUGUGGAAUUUUCUACAUUGCCAGCAGGUCCUCCAGCUCCACCUCAAGAUAUUACCAUAGAUGCUGGGUCCACACCAGCUACUAUACAGGUGUCCUGGAAACCACCCACUCUUACAUCCACAGGGACCUCUAAUGGAGCAAAUGUUACUGGCUAUGGUGUUUAUGCAAAGGGUCAAAUAGUGGCAGAGGCGAUGUUUCCAACAGCAGAGAAUACUUUAGUGGAGCUAAUGAGAAUACGAAAUGUAGAAGCUAAGGAAGUUACCGUGAGAACACUUUCUGCACAAGGGGAAUCUGUGGACUCUUCUGUUGCUGCCAUUCCACCUGAUCUACUGGUGCCUCCAAUCCCUCACCUUAGGACUGCUCCCAAAUCUAAGCCAUUAGCAAGUGCCGGGGCCCCAGAUACCAAAGAUGAACAUUUAGGUCCGCAUUUAAAAAUGGAUGAGUCAUGGGAGCAGACUCGUUCAGCAUCCCCAAUUCCUGGACACACGUUGGAGCCUCCUGCCCCCAACUUUCACAGCCCACUUCAUGGAAGGAGAUCUCCCUCGCCUAAUCGAAUUCUCCCACAGCCACAAGGCACCCCCGUCACAAAUACUGUUGCAAAAGCAAUGGCGAGAGAAGCUGCCCAGCGGGUUGCAGAGAACAACAGGAUGGAGCGGAGGAGUGUGUUUAGCGAACGGAGUAAUAUGGCACAUUAUGCAAAUUCAGAUGAGGAAGAAGAUGGCUACGAUUCUCCCAGCAUUAAAAGGAGAGGGGCUUCAGUUGAUGAUUUCCUAAAAGGCUCAGAGCUUGGGAAGCAGCCACACUACAGCCACGGCGAGGAGUAUAACACAGAGAGCAGCAGGGGCUCUGACUUGUCUGAUAUCAUGGAAGAAGAUGAAGAAGAGCUGUACUCAGAGAUGCAACUUGAGGAUGGAGGAAGGAGGGGAGUCAGCGUUACAUCACACAACACACUCAAGGAAUGCUCUAAGAAUAGGACCACUGAAGCUGCUUUUUUGGAACAGCCUGAAUUUUCACAGCAGAUACACCACGGUAAAAGGCUUUUCAGUAUCCCAGAAGUAGCCGAAGAUGAUGUUGAAUAUUCUGAACUAUUGCACAAGCAGGCUUUAGGUGUGCCCUAUAAAAUGAAAUCCAGGGUAGCUAGACCCUACAAUCAAGACAAACAGCACACCUUCUGGUACCCAUCCAAGCACAGGGUUUCAGCCAUGGAGGAUUUGACUUCAGAAGACAAAGGAUAUAACUACAGUCGAUCCUUAACGAGAAGCCCUGACAGUGGACUAGACUGUGGAAGUGAGGAAGAAGAAUCUCGUUUUAAUUUCAGAAGUGCUUAUGAUUUGAUUUCUGCCAACGUUACACCUACGUGUGCAGAGACUGAAAACUGUUCAUGCAGAAAAAGCAUAAGACCCUUGCUUGCUCGCAGGAAAACAUUAAUCAGGCAGAGCAGCAUUGAAGAAGAUUUUGGUGACAUGGGUUCUUCCUUUACAGAGCCUAGAAGUGAGGAGGCCAAGACCAGUUAUGAGAGGAAGUAUGAGACUCAAAUAUGCAAUAGAACAGAUACCAAAGAUGUCCAGCGAGCAUGGAAGAUCAACUUACAAGUGAAUGACUCUAGGGCAGCUGUUCCACUUGCAGAGCCAUCGCACAGAGAUGCAGAAGACUCUCUGCUUUUAGGUAAUCCAGCAUCCACUGGACGACCUGACAGGGUGGAGCACACGGGUCGAAGGUUGUCUCAUGCCAGUGGAGUCCCACAAAGGUCUCGACCAAUGUUGGUCCCUUCUAUUGAUGGAUACUGUAGUCGGGACCAUCUUUCUCCAGAGAUUUAUGAAGAAUCAGAAACAGAUCCUGGCACAGAGGAUAUUUCUACUCGAAUAUUCGUUGCUCUCUUUGACUAUGAUCCUCUGACAAUGUCCCCUAAUCCUGAUGCCGCAGAAGAAGAACUACCAUUUAAAGAAGGCCAGAUUAUUAAGGUUUAUGGAGAUAAAGAUGCUGAUGGAUUCUACCGGGGAGAAACUUGUACAAGACUUGGCCUCAUUCCUUGUAAUAUGGUCUCUGAAAUCCAAGCAGAUGAUGAAGAGAUGAUGGAUCAGCUUCUGAAACAAGGGUUUCUUCCUCUGAAUACACCUAUUGAAAAAAUAGUCAACUGUGACCGUUUCAAAGAGAGCACACGCUCUGUACACCGCAGAUCCAGAAAGUCUAAACGAGAAAGGAACAGACGGAGUGGCAGACAGCAUUCUGUGUCAACACGGAGGAUGGUGGCACUAUACGAUUAUGAUCCAAGAGAAAGUUCUCCUAAUGUUGACGUAGAGGCUGAGCUUACCUUUUGUACAGGAGACAUUUUCACAGUCUUUGGUGAAAUAGAUGAAGAUGGAUUUUACUAUGGUGAACUCAAUGGACAGAAGGGGUUGGUUCCUUCAAACUUUCUUGAAGAAGUGCCUGAUGAUGUAGAAGUCUAUCUUUCCGAUGCACCAUCAAGAUAUGUUCAAGAUACACCACUGCGUACAAAAGCAAAAAGGGUUCCUCCUGAGAAUACAGGUACAUCAAGGAGAGCACCAUCUCCCACAGUCCAUCUCCAUUCUGGGUCACCUACGCCAUCUAUGGGUACGUCAUCUAUGGGUUCUGGUAGUCCCGGGAGAGGCAGGGAAAUGUCCUCGAAAAAGAAAAAGGGGCUGCUUUCCAAAGGCAAGAAACUGCUGAAAAAGCUGGGUGCAGUGAAAUGAUUCAUUUACUUCUGGACAACUUGUAAAGCUUCCAAGCUAUGUUUUAUUUAAAACUUCAAACUAGGGCUUUCAUGACUAUGAAGUACAUCUUUACAGAACCUUCACAUUUUUAACCCUUUCUGACAUCAGAGAAUCAUGUGACUUGUUUGAUCAAAACGGGAAGAAAAAAAAGAAGUGGAUUUGUUGCUACUAAAGAGCAAUGUUGUCAAUAUCUGUUUUUCUUCUAAAAAGAUUUGGGGAAAAUAAGAAUAGAAGGAUAUCAUCUUUUUUUAUUUCAUGGCACCUCUACAUCUCUAACUCUAUUGGAUAAAUCUCUGCCUUUAUUCUCCUUUAACUUUGGGGAAGCAAGAAAAUCUUAUUUGAGCCCUCUUUAAAAAUGCUCACCCCAAACUACCUGAACGUUGACCUUAAACAAAAAAUGGUCUUGAAACUCCUAGUUUACUCAGCCUUGAUGUUUUUGCCUUAUUAAUACACAAUGAUUCGUACUGUCUCAAUAUGCAGCGUAUACUUUGUAUGUAUUGUGUAUUUAAAUGUCUUUUCAACCUCACAGACAUGUAAUUUAAGAUCAAGUAAUGUGUUGCUGACCCCAUUUAAUGUCUGAUGUUAUGUUGGGAGGCUGAAAAUGUUAUGCAGGAUGCAUUUUUAAACAUUUGUAUAAGUUCUUUAGCAAAUGUUCAGUAUGCUAACAUGAAGUACCAUGUAAACUAACCAGAGAUGCACAUAUUAUUUUACUAAGUCAAAAAUCUUGUUUCAUAGCUCCUGGCACUAGUGUAAAAGUUUCAGUUUUCUAAAUGGCCAGAAAAUAACCAUCUUUGCAGGCUCCCCAAGUGUUCUCUCUUGUGGAAACGCAGUUUUAAGUUAAAAAUCAUUGUUCAUGUUAUUGAUGUUAGAAUCAAGAUAAAACACAUAUAAUAGGUUGAGCAAUGGAAAGAGAUGUAUGUUAUACACAUAAGCUGUAGCCAGUUAAAAGGCUCUACCAAUAGAGUACAACCGUUUCAAAAUACCAAUCUAAUAUUGGCUUAAUUAAAAUAAUCUUGCUAGCAGACACUGGCAGUUACUAUUUUGUAAUUCUUGUCCAUUUGUAAAUUGUUUUUACUGUUUAUACAUACUUUUCAGACUGCCUUUCUUUUGUAAUUUAUGGAAGGUUUAUAAAUGAAUGAUCAAAGCUUUCCCCAUUGUGUCUUCAAAGAAUUAUAAUGUAAAUUACUGUAAGAUACUACUGUGUGCUAGAUUUAUGAAAUUAAAGAAAACUACUGGCCUAAACAUGUGGUAAAGUAUUGUGUGGGCGUGUGCAUGUGUACAG